AUGGCUAGCGAGCCGCUCACCUCCUCAUGGAAUCCGGCUUUGAUGCCAAACAGCGUCCAUGAUAUCGGAGUAGCCCACGACGACCACGAAAUACCAUCAGCAUCUGCAGAGCCCUUGGCCGAGACUUUAGACUAUAGCCCGGCGCACGAAGAAGAGCAAAAUGGCGUUGAGCAUCACGAGGCCGAGCAUGGCACGGAGGGCCAGUCUUAUCCCCGCGCUGGCGGCGUCGAGGAGGGUGCUGAGCUGGCCUCAGAGCCGCAGACCGUAACGGCUGAGGAACCCACGGAGCCCUCGGCACUUGAAACAGAGAGUCAGCAAGAAGAUGCGACUGGGCCGGCGACCCGUACUGCGCAGCAUUCGAGCUCCUUCUCCUUUGCUCGAACAGUUUCGACCGAAAUCAGUUUCGGCGAUGACGAUGAUGCCGAGUGGACUCUGUCGAGGACUGAUACAGAUCCUUUCAAAUUCAUGCCCCCUUCUGAGAGGUCAAAUUCUUUUCCUGUCGUACCUCUUAUGGCAGAAGAUCCGGAGCUCAUCGAAGAUACACCUUUGCCAUCAAAUCAGGCGCUUGACGUAUUGGAAGAGACGGAGCGAGAUGUUCAUAUUGAAGAGGAAGAGUAUCAAGCUGAUGCGUAUCCCCAGCCAAGCUCAGAUAUCGUGGAUGAAGCUUCAAAAGAUUCGCACCACAGACACGCGCCCUCCACAUCGAUAGGAGGGGACAUCCAAUGGGCUGAAGAUGAAGCAUCCGAAGCGCGAUACGAAGAAGGCGUACCAUUGAUACCACACACACAAGCCAGCGCCGACCCUGCAGCUAGCAGUGAGAAUACGCACAUCCCUUCUUUUGACGAUGACAAUGACAAUGAAGAUGACGACUUUUUUAAUCAAAUCAAUCAAUCCGAAGCAGACGCUACAAGUAAAGGUCAAGAAGAAGAGCCAAUGCAGCGGAAAUCAACUAUGCAGGUCCUGGCAUCUGCAGAUCAAGAACUUCCGGACGAGACCCUCGAGUGGGAUGAAGAGGGAUUUAACGGCCCGGAAGUCAAAGUGACGGAGGAACCCGAAGCGAUUGAAGAGAUUGGCAACGGAAAUGAAAGGGAGGCACCCCAUACUCAAGACCUCGCGUCAAAAUGGCAAGAAGCGUUUGCUGGUGAUGACGACGAAGACGAAUUCCUUAUUGAAAACACACUAGCAGAAGAGCCGGAAGUGGAUGCAGCCGCGUUCCUGGGCAGUGACGACGAAGGAUUACUGGAUGAGCUCGACGAAGCCCAGCCCCCAGCACAGACUGCGCCGUUGAGCUCACAAACAAAUAGCGUGGCAUCAACGCCGGCUUUUGCGCCCACUUCAUAUCGACCUGCUCUACAGCGAUCUGCAUCUGCGUCUGCGUACACGCCUGUCACACCACCGCUUCAAUCCCCGUUUUAUGGUGCCCCAACCCAGGGAGUAGUGUCCCAGCCUCCACUGCAAUAUGGUCAAGCGCCUCCUCAACAGGCAACGGAUUCGCCCAAAGCCCAAAGCUUUGCCGACAAAGCAAAGGGAGGGUAUUCGUCGCCGUAUGACCUACCCUCAGAUUUGGUCACCUCUACGGUGAAGCCAAGGAAACGAGCUAGUAUGCAGCAACUCCAAUUGGGCAAUUCCAAUUCAUCGCUUCAGCCACCUCCCCCUCCGCGAAGCGCCAGUAUGAGUGCCACCGAUUCAGGCCCUCCAAGUGGUGGUAUUCAAAAAUCGCCUCUCUUACGACACAAAUCAGGCUUCUUUGAAGAUUUACCCACCGCACCAAAGCCACGUUCGAUGUCCAGGUCAGGCAACAGAGCAGCUUCUCCUAACCCAUAUGGCUUGGCCACAUCACCUCAUGGACCGUCUCCUUUGAGCCCUCCCAUGGCAACCCAGAUUCCACCUGCAGCUCCCGGCUCUAGUCUAAAGAUGAAUCUUGUCGCUCCUGAGCGAGUAAACCCAUACGCACCUCUUCCAUCGCCAAACGCUCCCUUGCCUACACCAACUGCCAAUGUAUCCAGAUAUUCUCCAGCUCCCCCUCCCCAAGCAGCUGGCAGCCAAAGUGCGCCGCCGCCCACGAGCCGAUAUUCUCCUGCACCGCCCGCUCCCAUUCCAACUGCCGCCUAUAACCCAGCAGCAGCCGUCUCAGCAACCUCGCCUCAAGCUGUUUUGCCCCAUCUUCCGCGAACCUCUAGUCCGCUGGCACAUUUUGAGGUUAGCAGCGACAAGCCGUUUGGUGCCAGUGGAGAAGCUGUCCACGCCGAGCGACGAGCUAGUUCCUCGUACGAGCCGAGACUCACUCGCGUUGCUUCUCUUCCCCCUACCCGCGAGGUUGAAGAAGAAGACGACCCGGUGCCUAACAACACCCGUUCGCCACCACCUUUGCCCAUUCCUUCCGUUCAAUCUACGCUAUCGCCUCCAAAGCGACCAGGCUCUGGCUACAUUCCUAACAACCUUCCUUCGACGCAGCCUGGAUUUGUUCCACCCCCUCGCGCUCAUACGCAGUCUCCGGGGGCCACUAGAGGUGGUCAAUAUAUCCCGAAGCCUGCAGAGGCUGCUCGCCGACCUUCUUCUUCACACUCACCUGUGUCCCCCCCCUCUGUCAAGAUUGCCCACGCUUCCCAUGCCCAUCCUCGGCCGCCAUCUUUGAAUAUGAAUAUGAUUGCUCCUACGGACGGCCGAGAGCAUGACCCCCUCCAGAGAUGGCAAGGCGUCCCCAUUAUUUCUUGGGGAGUUGGUGGUACCGUGGUGACUUCUUUCCCAAAGAGUAUUCCGAGAUACGUUAUGAACCAAACAGCACCGUCGAUGCUGCGAGCUUCGGGAGAGGUCAAAGUGCAGAAUAUCAAGGAUAUUGAGUCUCUGCCAGACCGCCUAGCCAAAUUUCCCGGUCCACUGAAGGGCAAGUCGAAGAAAAAGGAAGUUCUCGCGUGGCUUUCUUCGGGAAUCGACGACUUGGAGAAGGAACUCCCCGAGGUGUCCUUUCACCCGCAGCUUUCUUUCGAAGCUAAACGAAGUAUUGAGCGCCUGCUGUUGUGGAAGAUCCUUCGCAUAUUCAUCGAGCAUGACGGAAUUUUGGAAGGCAACCCCGCGGCCGAGAAGGCUGUGCGAGAUGUCCUCUCCCCGGGGACUAUAACACCCACCGCGGAUAACGAUGGUUUGUUUCCUACGGACCCUACUAUAAGCAUCAAUGGUGCUAUAGCCACUUCAAUGCAGUCUGACGGCGCUGAUUCUGCUACCAUGGAGCAAAUCCGUCUCGAUCUUCUCAAGGGCAACCGUGAGACCGCUGUCUGGGCAGCGGUUGAUAAGCGUCUGUGGGGACAUGCCAUGCUUAUUUCUCAUACAGUCUCGCCUGACUUGUACAAGCGUGUUGCGCAAGAAUUUGUUCGCAAAGAAGUCAAUCACCCUGGCCAGAGUAAUGAAUCACUCGCCGCUCUAUACAAGAUCCUAUCAGGUAAUUACGACGACUGUGUCGAUGAGCUGGUUCCAGUUCAUGCACGCGCCGGCCUUCAGCUUGUCUCAACUGGGUCGUCUUCUGAGCCUACCAAGGACGCUAUGGAAGGGCUGGAUAAAUGGAGGGAGACCUUGACGCUUGUUCUGAGCAACCGAAGCGCUGACGACGUCCGCGGUUUGAACGCCCUAGGCAAGCUCUUGUCUAGCUAUGGAAGGGCUGAAGCCGCCCAUAUUUGCUUUAUCUUUGGCAGGCAGAUAUCCGUUUUUGGCGGCUUCGAUGAUCCGAAUGUAGACUUUGUCCUUUUGGGGUCGGAUCACCGACAACAAUCGCACCAGGUUGGAAGGGAUACAGAAGCUUUGCAGCUUAGUGAAGUAUAUGAGUACGGGCUUUCACUUUCGGGCACUUCUUCUGCUGCUGCUGGCGCUCCCCAUCUCGCGCCUUACAAACUCCACCACGCCAUCACAUUGGCUGAGUAUGGCUACCGGGACAGGGCUCUACAAUAUUGCGACGCUAUUCUCUCAGCCAUGUCAUCACAGACGAAGAGGUCGCCUUAUCAUCACCCAGUUCUGGAGGCCGCCGUUGAUGACUUCAUGCGCCGCUUGAAACAGGCACCGAGAGAAGAAUCUUCCUCUUGGAUGUCCAAACCUAGCAUGAACAAGGUUUCCGAUAGCAUGUGGAAUAGAUUUAACAAGUUCGUCGCCGGAGAUGAGUCUGAAAACGCCAAUGGCACCCCGGGCGAGGAGAGUGGCCCAUUUGCCCGUAUAGGAACGCCGUCCAUGAGCCGCUCCCCGUCGGUUUCGAAUUUUGACACCCUGGGCAUCAGCUCACCUGCAUACCCAGGGGCUGGUGCUCCUGCUGCUACGUCGGCAUUGUCAUCGGCGUUGUCGCGAUAUGCUCCAGCAACUUCCCAGCCUACCUAUGGCGUUGAGCCGCCACAGCUGCCUUCUUCUUUCUCUCAGCCUACACUGAACUCAAGUGAGUACCCUGCGAGCGCAUACGGGGUCUCACCCUCUCUCCCUAGCUCUCCACCUGGACGUGGCAAUGGAUUUGCGCCAUCGAGCCUUGGCUACCAGCCAAUGACUGCUGAUGUUGGUAAUAAGGGUAAGGCUCCUACGAGUGGAUACCAGCCAUUAUAUCAACAGCCGGUCUCCUCACAACAACCCCAUGAAGAGCCAGCCACAACUCCCUCUACGGCAGGUUUCCAACCGGUGUCCUAUGGAUAUGAACCCCCCUUAAAUAACACCAGCAUAUCCGAAACUGGGAUUAAUAAUGUGGACGCAACAGAGGGCGCGUCAAAUGGCUAUGAGCCUCCAUCUUUCCAACCUUACGGAUAUGAGCCCCCGACCUAUCAGCCCGACCUUGGGCCCUCUGCAGAGGAAAAUGAUGAUGAACCUAAGCCCAAGAAGAAGAGUUUCAUGGAUGAUGACGAUGAUGAUUUUGGUACUGGUAGUUCAACGGCCCGAGAAAAAUCUAAAGCGGAAAAAGAUCGUGAGAAUGAAGAGAUGUUCCGCAAGGCAGCGGAAGAAGAUGCGAAACGUGCUGCUGCAGCGCAGCAAGCCAAGAAAGGUUGGGGCUUCUCAGGCUGGUUCAGUGGCGGCAGUAAGAAGGAGAUUGCAAGUCCUGGAGAAGCAUCAUCCCCAGGCAAGCCCAUCAGGGCUAAGCUUGGUGAAGCGAGCAGCUUUGUAUAUGACCCUGAACUCAAGCGAUGGGUCAACAAGAAGCCCGGAGCCGAGCAAGUCGAAGCGAAAGCGGCGACUCCACCGCCACCUAAAGCGCUCGGCAGUCCACGAUCCGUCAGCGGAACACCUCCACAAACGCCGCCUCCUCCGCAAGGCCGAGCUAGCCUUCCGCCUUCAUCUUCUUUUGGUUCGUUGGCUCCGCCCGCAGUUCUCAACAGAGCCCCGUCGCAGGAAAGCCUUGGCGCACCGCCCAUGUUACGAUCCAUGUCUAGCGCUAGUACCGACAGCAAACCAUCAAGCAGACCUACUACGAGCAUGAGCAAUGCCAGCAGUAUCGAUGACUUGUUGAGUGCAUCAGGACCCCGUAAACCCGGGCAGAAGAAGGCAAGAAAAGGCCGCUAUGUCGAUGUUAUGGCCAAAUAA